CCGGCGGAGAUGGAGUGGAAAUGAGAAAAAAAAAAAAAAAACAAAACAAAACCAAAAAACAACAACAACAACAACAACAACAACAACAAAAAAACAACUCGCCCGGAGGACGAGCAGGAGGGUUGAGGAUUUGCUGUGGCUCAAGGAGAAGGUGAUGAGAACGCUUGGAAAAGACCUGAAGCGCAGCAGAGUGCAAUGCCCACAGCAAGCAGCUAAGGUCCCAGACUCUGAAAUGACUGCGUACUCCAGGUUUAAGAGCUCCAUUAAGAGGAAGCUGGCGGCCCAGGCUCCAGUGGCGAGUAGCCCUAUUGUCACAAGAUGGCAGCAGUUGCACGCGAGAGGCAGCGCGGCGGAGCCGCCCAGGCCCCGCUGUGUGUCCGAUCUCUGUGCCUCCGGCGUUCCCCGGCUCAUCCGCCCUCCUGGGAAGACUCUAGUGACACCUCAGGUGCCUAAGAAACUGUCCGUCACAAAAGCUGUUGUGAGUCUACCUAGCAGUCAUGCUGCAGCAGUCUUGGAAGGGAGUAAUAACAGGAGAGCUGAAAUGGAAAAGAAACAGAAAUGUCCUUCUCAGCUUCCAGCAGUCCUGGAGGUUGGAUAUAGCAUUGCAGAAAGUGGUGACGUUAAGGUCUGUGAAAAUACCAAUUGCAUCUGGAAAGGAUGCCAUGAGUGGACCCAAUAUGAGCUUAGAGCUGUUACCACCGUGAAGCCUUCCAUACCAUUGGAGCCAGAAGUGAAGCUUCAUAUUACUGGUUUGCGCAAUGAUUACUAUCUAAACAUACUGGACUGGAGCCUUGAAAAUCUCAUUGCUGUUGCUGUAGGACCUGCUGUACACAUCUGGAAUGGAGGAACUCUUCAAGCCAUUGAAAGCAUUGAUUUGAAUUCCAGUUCUAAAUACAUUUCAUCUCUGGCUUGGAUAAAAGAAGGAACUUGCCUUGCAAUUGGCACCAGUGAUGGAGAAGUGCAACUGUGGGACAUUGAAACCAAAAAGAGGUUGAGAAAUAUGUUCGGUCAUUUGUCUGUAGUUGGUGCUCUGAGCUGGAAUCAUUAUAUUCUGAGCAGUGGUUCACGACUAGGAUCUAUUCAUCACCAUGAUGUUCGGGUUGCUCAGCACCAUGUUGGGACUCUUUGCCAAAACAAACAAAGCAUUUGCAGCCUGAAAUGGUCACUAACCAGCCAGCUGCUGGCAAGUGGGGCUAGUGAUGGUAUGUUGAAUAUCUGGCCUAGUGACCCUGGUGUGAAAUUGCAGUCACAGCCACUGAAAACCAUGCCUCAUUCCUCAGCAGUUAAGGCUAUGAACUGGUGUCCUUGGCAGUCCAAAGUCCUUGCUACAGGGGGUGGAAUGAAAGAUGGGAUUUUGCGUGUCUGGGACAUAAAUCAUGAGAAAAUCAUCCAAAGUUCAGCUACAGAUUCUCAGAUUUGUUCCUUGCUCUGGUUACCCAAAACCAGCGAACUGAUGACUGGACAAGGCCUUCCUGGAAAUCAGAUUAAAAUAUGGAAGUAUCCCAUGCUUACCAAUUCAUCCGAACUCUAUGGUCACAAAGGGAGAGUCCUGCAUAUAGCCCUGAGCCCAGAUCAGAGCAGGCUCUUUUCUGUUGCGGCUGAUGGACUAGCUUGUCUGUGGAAAUGCCAUGAGCCUGAGGAGAGCAAGCACAGCAGCAAGGCUUUUUCUAAUGGUUAUUUGAGCUCAUUUUUGUGACUUCUUUUCCUUGAAAGCAAGUGAUUAAAUGAAUUUAGCCUAUUCAGUAAUUCAAAAUAUGUGUUCCUUCCAAUGGAAACAUGGCAAAAGAUAGUACAAUUUUUUCAAGAGAAAACAAUUUUCCCCAUCAGUCCAUCAUGUGAAAUGUUAGUAGCUUGUCUUACCAUAGAAUAAAAAUAUUCUAACUCUGAA